GGCGGUUAAGUUUUAGUUUUGUUUUAAAUUAUUGUUUCUUAUUGGUUCUUGCUGGACGAUGGAAAUACCACCAGCUCCGAAUGAUAUCGAAUUACGGAAUAUUAUCGAUAAACUAGCCGAUUUCGUAGCACGGAAUGGACCAGAGUUUGAGUCGAUGACCAAAUCCAAACAACGGGGUAAUCCGAAGUUUGCGUUUCUGUACGGCGGCGAAUUCUACAAUUACUAUCAGUACAAAGUGAUUACCAGGCAAGCAAUGAUGAAACAACAACCACAGCAAAACAUGGCGCUACCCCAAUUAAUGGGUCAACACGGAAUUCCCCCUUUGUUGGCGGGGUUUGCUCAACAACCACCGCCACAGGCACAAAUGCCGCCUGUCUCUUUGCAGCACCAGCAACAACUGCACCACCAACAGCAAUCACAACAGCAACCACCAAUGCAACUGCCGCUAUCCUCUAACCCUAAUGGUAGUGGCCCUUCUAACGCUAUGCCACAAAUUUGGUCCAAUCCACCUCCGGUAAAUUCUGGACCACCAAAUCCCGCCGUCGCGAUGGCUGCCAACAAUCUAAACAGUCAGAUAUCGGCGCAACUGGAUGCAAUUACUAAGCAGCAACAAGCAUUAACAGAACAGAUACGGCAAUCCGAAAUGAAUCUCACAGCGCAACAUGGGGUGUUGCUCCAACAACAGCAAGUGCAAAUAGACGAAUCACUGAACCGUGCCCAGGAGGAUAUGCUGUUCAGCCAGGCAAAGGACCACAAUAUUCCGUUGCACGAGUUCGACAGCAGACUGCAGCCGAUUAUUGAAUCUUGCACGAAAGACAGUAUCUCCAAUGGAAAAGGCUGGAUUUUACAGCAUUGUACCGAUUCGGGAAAAUGUCAAAUUAUUUCGCAGUAUCUUUUGAGAAAGGCGUUAAUAGCUGGAGUUUUAUUUACGCAAAAAUUACACCUGAUAUAUUUAGUAAAUGAUGUUAUACAUCAUUGUAACAAAUCUUACAGCAUCCGGAAAAACGCAGACGAGCUGAAAAAAUGUCUGGAAAGCGCGGUCAUUCCGAUGUUCUGCAACGCCCAGAUAACCGCCAACGAUGAACAAAGAGUGAAACUCACCAAACUCCUGCUGCUGUGGGAAUCAAAGGGAAACUUUUUCGAUGCCUGCGUCAUAUCGAAGCUGAAGUCGCCUCCCUCAUCUCUGCAGGAAUACCAGACUAGUCUGCUGACUCAACACUCCAAUGUAGUGGCAGCAAUCACGCAAGCUACAAAGACUACGUUAGAAAACUAUCAGCAGCAACAUCAAGCAUUUGUACAGCACGCUACUCAGCAGAUAACGAUGCUGGAGAAGCAAAAACAGCAACAUCUCGAACAACACGCCCUCAAAACGGGUGGUCUAUCCGGUGGCCCACCUCCACUGCUGCCGGAAUUGAUGGCGGCCGUGGUCGGAGCCAACAACAGCUCCGUUAAUGGUGGUGGAGGUGGUCCUCUCGUUGGUCCUGCACUGCCCUCUUCCGGCGUGCCGGGUUCCUCACAAGGUUCAUCGAUGGUGGAUCGAGGAGGCCCUCCACCUGGUGGCAAUGGUGGCGGGCAGAUUCCUUCGUUGUUAGAUCAAAACAUCAACUUCGGGCUGCUUUCUGCAGCGCUGCAGAAAUUGAAAAACAUUCAAGAUAACGGACCUCCGGGAAACAGUGGUGGACCACCUGGCGUAUCUGGCAACGGUAACAAUUUACCUCCGCAAUCAUCGUCGGGACGGGACGGAGACAAUGGCGGAGACUACACGCAACCACCACCGAACUUCCCCAUUCCGGAUCUGUCGAGGCCACCUCCUAAUUUCCAGUACGGUGCCGCGCCAACUGGUGAUGGUAUGAGCGGUAAUAAUAGCAGCAACUGUGGGAUGGGGGACAACCGUCACUCGCAACACCUUGUCGAUGAGCGAUCGAUGGAGGAUCGGGACGAUAGAUCCCUGCUACCGUCCAUGAGUAUGAUGCACGAUGAUCGAGAGCGAGCUGAGAUGGAUAGUCAACACCAGCAGCUUCAAUCGGAGCACGAGGAUGGUCACGAUCUCGAGCAACAGCAACAGAUGCAGCAACAAGAAGAAGCUGAACCAGCCAUUCCCCCGACGCCUGUGAAGAUUCCAUAUUUUGAGCUACCGGCAGGUUUGAUGGUGCCGCUGAUUCGGUUGGAGGAUUUCAACUACCACUCACUCGACCCGGACGAGAUUCGUUUGCCACCGCCAACGCCAACAAACGAUCGGUUGGUGAGUGCUGUCGAGGCGUUUUACGCCCCACCCAGUCAUGAACGGCCACGAGAUGGCGAAGGAUGGGAAAAGCUGGCUCUGUACGAGUACUUCAAAGUGAAAAACGCCUCUCGCAAGCAGAAGGAGGAUGAAAUUGACCGAGGUUUGCGCGAUCGCUCACGAUCUCCGUCACCGAUCGAUCCGGACCUGCUGAAGGCGACUAAAAAACAGAAGAAGCGCACAUAUCGCUCGAAAAGCCGCUCGCGGUCGCGCUCUCGAUCACCGGCUGACAAUGGCUCCCUUCACGGGCUGCCGCAGGCCAGCCACGGUUCCGGUGGUGGACCUGGCGGAAACAAUCGCAAUAAUCCACGUCACCAUCGAAACCACCGCUCACGAAGCAAAUCCCGGUCACGGUCGAAAUCACGUUCGCCUUCACGACGUUCCCCUUCGGCCGGACCCUCGUUACCUCCGGUGCCAUCCCGACCGGGGCGCAAUCGAUCUCCCGCUAUUCGCCGAGGGGGCGGUGGUGGAGGCAACGAUCGGGAUCACCGGGAACGGGGAGGUGGCCGGGAUAUUCGACGUUCGCCAACACCGCCCAGUUUCGGGGUGGGUGGGUAUGUAAAAGCGGCCAGCAGUUUUUUGGAAGAAAGCAGCAAGCCUAGCGGUAGUGGCACCGUUGGCGGAGGAAAUCACCAGAUUCAUAGCUUGAUGAAAAUGGGUGGUGGUGGCGGAGGUGGAGGAGGUGGCGGUGGUGGUGGUGCCGGAGGAGGUAUGGGAGGAGACCGUAUAGGGCUGGGAGCAACGAUUGAACCCCGGCAAGAGGCAUACAAUCCGGCAGAUCCUUACGAGAGCUUUCGUAAGAAUAAAGGUGCUGCUUUCAUUACGCGUAUGAAAGCACGAGCAGACGAGCGGAACUAGGAAAGACUAUAGCACUAUUGGACGAGCAGCCUGAUCUUCAGUUAAAUCACGGCUUUCCUUAACAUGUGUCCUCACGUCUCUUGCUAUACCCUGUUCGGCCAUCGGUGCAUAAAAAUGGUAAAAAUGCUAUUGUACUAAAAUUAGCGAAUGCAAAUAAAUUUAGAGCGAAAAGCUUCCAGGCUUUGGGCGUUU